UGAGUGAAUGUUUCUCUCCUCACUCUCUGUGCUCUCGUCUGCUGUGGUUAUCAUGGACAUGCAGUCUUCAUGUCAGCAGCUUGCCUCCUAACGGACGUGAAAAAGAAGCAACAGGACGAGAGAGUGGUGUUGACUGGGCUUCUGAAACAGAGACGGGCCUACAUGCCUCGUAAUUUCAACAGACCCUUCAUCCUUCAGACAGACACAUCACAAACUGGACUCGGGGCUGUCCUUUCACAGACAAUACGAGGUGACAGAGUGAUCUGACAUCAGGAAAGCAUCAUGAGCACUGAAAAAGAGCGCAGCGUCCUGAAUGAUGCCGACGAGGAGAAGGAGGUGAAGGAUGAGAAGACUGCUGUGAAGGAGGAGCUGUCUGAGGAGCAGGAGCUGGAGGAGCUAAGGGCUCAGGUGCUGCAGCUCCUGCUUGAGCUGGAAGAAGCUCGAGACACGGCUCAGAAACACGAGGAGAGCUUUCUGGAGCUGCAAGGUCUUCUCGAGGAGGAACGUUUAGCUAGUGCUCAUCAGGCAGAGGCCUUCACAAGACAGAUCCAGCAUCUGCAAGCACAACUUCGUUCUGUUCAGGAGGAGAUGGACAGUCUGGAGGAGGAGAAGGAGAGCGAGCUUCUGGAAGCGCAGGAGGAGCUGCGGGCGGCGCAGGAGGAGGUGCUGCUGCUGCAGCAGGCGUCGGAGGAGGCCGCGGCUGAAAGAGAGAACGACAUCGCCAGUCUGCAGGAGGAGCUCUGCCGCUUACGGGCGGACAUCUCUCGACUGGAGAACACGGGACAGGAGUACGAGCUGGAGAUCGUCACACUCCGAGCGGAAAUAGAGAUGAAGAGCCUGAGCCGUCUACAGCAGAGGAAGGAGGGUGAGAACAGAAACACAGCGCUAAAAGAUUCAGGCAGCUCCUGCAUCACUCUUAAAGAAGAACAGGACGAGACAGAAGAGGCAAAACACACGCAGUGCGGUACAGAGACAGAAACGGGAAGCUCUUGCAUGAGCUCCAACUGCAGGCUGGUGGACGCUGGGAUCCAGAAGAACAUAUCGUUUGAUGGCAAACCUGUGACCCCCACCGGCUGGACAGGAGGUUUCUCAGAGAUCCUCUCACUGAGAGAUCAGCUCAAGCAGACAGAAGAGAAGGCCACACACGAGCAGAGAGAGUGUGAUGGACUGAAGAAUGAACUACAGAAUCUGCAGGAAAUGUACGAGACCAGCCAGAAGGAGCGAGCCGAGCUGGAGCUGGAGUUACUGCGCUGCAGGGAAGAGCUGGAGAGAGCUGCUGAAGUCAAAGAGGAAUGAUGCUAA